GAGACCAAGACCAAUCAGGCCAGAGAGACUGAACGAAAAGGGCAGAGUUUGACUUCUGACGAAGAGACUGUAACUGUAAUAGUUACUCGCUGAAGAGCAAAUGGAAUUCUGGGAGUUGACAAGGAAUGGCGGGGAUGGAUGGGCUGUGGAAGAAUUGCCAGGAGACUGUGGCUACAAUUCUGGUAAAGAUAAAGUGACCAGAUUCUUCGCCACCUCCUUUGAGCUGUGUCUGAAGAAGCAGGUGGUUGACCUACUGGCAGAGGGUUUUUCUCCUGAAGACCUCAAUGCUCAGCCAGCUGUCACUGUGAAAGACUACUAUAGUAGGGCAGUAAGCAGUGGGUGUGUCUACAUGUUGACAGUGCAUCUGUUGGAUAAUAAGAAGAAAGUGAUUAAGGAAUUUAAACCAGAACCAGUCACCCUCAACACAGAUCGUGACGAUAUGUCCUGGAGACAGGUGAGCCACACCUUUUCUGACUACGGUCCCGGCCUGCGCUUCAUCUCGUUUGAACACGGAGGAAAUGACACCAAGUGUUGGAAAGGCCAUUAUGGAGUCAGAGUCACUGGGAGCUCUGUUACUAUAAAGACCACAAAAGCUACUCCAGCCAGGAAUCUCCUGAAGAACAUAAAUGGAAACGCCAAUGUGGGGGCCCACGCGACGGCAGGACUCGGCCAUACAGAGAAAACAGGAAGAGUCACGGCCUUUGAUGUUGGAGCCGAAGGGUUAAUAAAUUGUUUGGAUAACUUUGACAGGCCUGGGAAGGCAUUUACAAAAGGAAUUUAUGAGGAUACAACAGUUUAUGCAUAUGAUGGAUUAAGUGGCAAAACAGGGGAACGUGUUCCCAAGGCAGGAGCCUUGGCGGAGGCUGGGGUCGGCCUUGCAAAGGCAGAAUGGAGCUUCUUUGACGCGGAGGCCAAAGGGCCUAAUGCUUCUGCUGAGGCAUCUGCCUCAGUAUUUGCAUUAGGGGCAAUGGCCAGAGCCGAGGUGGGCAGCGUCUCUGCAAACGCUGGUCCAUUUGGAGCAAAGUUAGGUCUGGGGUUUAACACCGGUGUGAGUGCUGGUGUGGAUGGGGUUGAGGUUAAACUCCUUGGCACUGGGAUUAAACUAGGACCAAGUCCAAGCAUUUCCGUUUUAGGCUCAGAGGUUAGUUGUUCAAUCUUGUAGGGUUGAUGUGUAUAAAAACAGUUAUCCAGCACAUGAGACAGACAUAGACAAAGUAAUGUUUUAUUUUCACGUGGCAAAGAACAUACAGAUUAUGGAACUAUCAUGAAAACAGUGACAAACAACUUCAGUCCUUACGUAAAAACAAAGAAUGUACACAAAGAUUAAUUGCACAGCGAUGAUUCAUCUGAUUGGUCAGUAAACAUAUUUGACUUGUUAAAUACUAUUAUUUGUUGAUUUUGAACAAAUUGAAUGUACACAUACUCAGAACGAUACUGUGUAGAUGUCAGAGAGACAUGCAAUUUUGCUGAUGUAUAGUAAUUGUGUGCUGGAUGAGUUUUGAGUGCGUUCUUAUUUUCUUUAUGCAGUCAACAAUGUUAUCCCAAAAAUAUGGGCUAAAGUUAAUGCCAAAUGUCUUCCGUAUAAAUAAAGCGAUGUGCACAACUGUUAAUCACAAUACACACAACGGUUUUGCAUUUUGUAGUUGUUUAAUGAUCUGUGAAUGCAUGAUUAAAGAAUUGCAAGAAUUAAAGCCUUCGCAGGUUCUGUAGUUUUUACGACAAUUUGGUGAACUUUACUUUGUUCGUUCUGUGUUUAUCAUGCAACAUGAAAGCUACAAUUAAAGUAGGCAUGUAGGUUACAAUUAUUUCUGUUCAUUACGUUUCUGCUUGUGAAAACAUUUGUCUUUUGCAAGUAUUCAAAAGAGAUAUUUUUACAACUAAAGAAUUACCCACACAACUCCUGACAGAUCACCAAAUACAAGGACAAAUCACAAUCCUUGAGGUACAGCUCCUUUCACUUGAGAUCUUGUUCAUUUCUGAUAGGGGGUUCAAAGAAAUUAACUGCCAUAAAGAUUUGCAAGUGUGUUAGAUUUGCAUCCAAAGGGCAGGCAGGAUGGUCAAAAGGGCUGGCAACAGACAAGAUACAAAAAAGUAUUAUCCACGAUCAGGUAGAGAGGACAGUUCAAGGGUCGUUAUAUAGAAAGCCAAAAACAAAGAGUUGUCACGAUUCCCGGGACUCAGGACAGAGGUAGGAUCCA